AUGGCUGAAUUGACAGUCAGGCCUCUUCCACCAGGCAGCAACGUCUCAAAGACUAUAUUCAAUGUUUAUGUGGCACCUGAGAAUCUGAUUAAACACGACUUACGUGAAGGUUCUACCUGCACUUUGCAGUCACAAAAAGGAACACUUGGGCCAGUCAUCGUGGAUAGAUCACCCGACAAGGCCCUUAAGUCUGCUGUUAUUCAAUUGACGCAGCCGCUUCAGAGACUAUAUCGUCUAAAGCUCGGCGACAAAGUUACCUUGAAGCAUACUGGCGAUGAAUUUCCAGUGGCCCGGACUGUUACAAUCAUUGAGACUGAAGGUAGUGGAGAUGGCUGUUCCGGUCUGCCGAUCGGCAAUCAAGAUGUAUCAAUGUGGAGCCAAGUCUUGUCAAAGGUGCUGUGUAGAGCAGAAAUGGUCGUCCCUGGCAUGAGGUUUGAUGAAGUUGACAUUGCAGGAGAAAAAAGGUCAUUCAGUCUGGAGACAGUGAACGGUACGUCUGAAUUUCAGGUCUGGACAGCGAUGGCGCCUCUCGAGGUAUCCGUGAUUGAGCUAGGAAAAGGGAUAUUCGGGAAGGAAGAGACUCUCUUGAAGAUUGAAAGGGACAGCGUUGGCGGUCUUGAUGAGCAACUGGAUCAGCUUGACAUUGCCCUGUCAGAGUUCUGCAUGGAGUCUGCUGAACUAGCUGAUGGGGAGCCCCAAACAGAGCCUGGCAUCCUAAUCUUCGGUUUACCUGGUACAGGGAAAAGCUUUCUCAUGGAGAAAAUAUCGCAAGCUGGAUUUAAAAGCGUAUUCCAUAUCGAUAGGAAAGCUUUAAGGCAGCACCGUUCGUAUCAGUCUGCGGCUAACUUUGUCCAAGGAUCUUUUGUUCACGCUGCCCGUGAUCAGCCAAGUUGCAUUCUCAUUGAAGACCUUGAUAGCGAGCUGUACAAGAAUGAGAACGGCCGUUCAUUUAUAUCCCAUAUUGAACGAGAGUUCGACAGACUGAAGGAUACGCGAAUAGUCGUUGUAGCGUCUUGUCGCUCUCCUGCAAAUAUCGACGAGGAGUUGAGAAAACCUUCUUUCUUUUGGAGAGAAAUCGAGCUUACCGUACCUAAUAUCAAUGCUCGCGCCCAAAUCUUGAAAAUCAUCAGCGGCUUCCCCAAGAAUGCUCCCAAUGCAAAGCUCGACUUCGUUGCGGGCCGCACACAUGGAUACGUGGGUGGCGAUCUUGCCGAGCUACAUCAUGCUGCCGGGAAGGAAGCUAAGAAACGUAUCAAGGCGGCCAAUACGGAAGACGAAAAACACGACUCUGCCAAUUUCGAGACGGUUUGGGAGCGCGUCGAGGCAGAUUACGAGGUAGCUCUUCGGCGUAUUCGCCCUUCGGCAAUGAGGGAGGUGGUAAUCGAGACACCACAUGUAAGUUGGAACGAUGUUGCUGGGCAGGACCAAGUCAAAAACUACUUAAAAGCAGCAGUAGUCUGGCCUUACAAGUACCCUGAGCAGAUGGAACGUCGGGGAAUUGAGCAUGCAACUGGCCUUCUCCUGUAUGGCCCACCAGGCUGCUCAAAGACUAUGAUCGCUAGAGCUGUGGCUACAGAAUCAGGACUCAAUUUUAUGGCUGUCAAGGGAGCUGAGCUCCUCAAUAUGUAUGUCGGCGAGUCUGAGCGAGCAAUACGAGAGAUCUUUGCAAAGGCCCGAGCUGUCAGUCCCAGUAUACUCUUCUUUGAUGAGAUAGACGCGAUAGGAGCUUCACGGGCAGAAAACCAGCAGCAUAGCGGAGUCCAUACCGUAACAACGCUGUUGACUGAAUUAGACGGCCUGGAAAAGAGCAAAAGCAUCUUCGUUCUAGCCGCUACCAACCGGCCGGAGGUGCUUGAUCCUGCACUGACACGCCCAGGAAGACUCAAUUCGAUGCUCUAUGUCGGGCCACCAGACGAGCUUGCGCGGCUGGCCAUUCUAAGAAAGAGCUGCCAAAGGUUAAGCCUUGCCGAGACUGUGGAUCUUGCUGCCAUUGCAAGCAUGACUGACCGACGUUCGGGGGCAGAAUUAGUCGAGAUAUGUCAAAGAGCGGCACGUUUAGAAUUUCAAGACUGGAUUCAAACCCGUGAGGAUCAAGGCGUUCACCAGAAUCACCUUCUCCAAGCACUAGAAGAGGUGCCAAGUUGCAUCUCUGCAGAAAUGGAAAAUGUAUACGAGGUAUUUGCAGGGAGCAGGGUGGAGAAGAAGGCCGGAAGCUGGCGCAAUAAGGAGAUGUAG